UUUUUGCAACUUGAAAAUAUUUUGUAAAUAUAGAAAGUAUAAGAAAAUAUAGAACUAAAACGAACAGACUUUACAUCUACAUUUUCGGCUAUUCUAUUUUUACAAAAUGACUAAUCUUUUCAAUGUCUUUCAAUGCCUUUCACUGCCACAAAAUGAUUAAUCAUUUCAAUGGCAUUAUUUAUUUCUAUUUCUAUAUUUUUCUUGAUCUUUUGAAAUAUUGUUAUAUACUAUGAGAAGAGCUGCAAGAAAUAUAUUCUUAACUAGUUACAUAUAGAGUGCUUACAUAAUAUGUCUAUAUAUCGUUCUACUCUCAUCCUUUGGACAUUUACUAUCAAUUAUCCCCUCUUUUUUUCUUUGUCGCAUACAAAUUCCUCGACGAAUAGCACAAUUUGCCAAAUCAUUCUCACUCACAGAAUCAUCCCAUCCGGCAUGAUGCCACAGCAGCGCGAUAGUGUAUACGUAUGUGUAACAGUUCGAUAAAAUUCACAACACGCGCUAUUCACGAAGCAGUGCGAGAAGUGACUGAAAAGGCAUCAAUAAAUUCAUCACAUUAAAAUAUGGACGCCGCCAAAAAAACUGAUAAUUCAAAUCCCCGAAUUUCUGCGAAUCCAAUCAGUAAAUUAUUUUUCUGGUGGAUGACAGAAUUAUUUUGGUAUGGGAAAGAUCAUGACUUGGAAAUGAAAAAUGUAUACAAUACUCUGCCCAUUGAUGCUAGUGAAUUUCUAGGAAAUAAACUGGAACAAAAUUGGAAAAAUGAGAUACAUGCAGCUGAGAAGAAUAAUAGAAAACCUAAAUUUAUCAAAGCUUUGAGAAAGACAUUUAUUUGGUCAUUUUUCUAUUAUGGAGGAUGGGUUUCAUUUCUCAAUGUUGUUUUAAGAGUCUUCAAGCCAUAUAUUUUGAGUCUGUUCAUUUGGCACUUUGAUCCAAGAGCAACAUCUGGACAGGAUGAAGCUUAUCUCUAUGCAUCUGGUCUAGUAGCAAUAGAAAUAUUAAUCAUUUUAGUCCAAUCUCAUUCAAAUCUAGGUUUACUGGAAAUUGGAAUGCGAGUUAGAGUAGCAAGCUCAUCUCUGAUGUAUAGAAAGAUAUUACGUUUAUCCAAAUCUUCAACUACCACCCCAGGACAAAUUAUUAAUCUAUUGUCAAAUGAUAUGUCAAGGUUUGAUCAAUUGUUUGUAGUGCUGCAUUACGUUUGGAUCAUGCCAAUACAAGGAGCCAUAGUUGCAUUUCUGAUUUGGCGAAGCGUCGGUAUUGCUUCACUGACCGGUAUAUUUCUUAUAACAAUUCAAACUAUUCCCUUUCAAGGAUAUAUAAGUAAAUUGACUUCAAAAUUACGUUUAAAAAUUGCAAUAAGAACCGACGAAAGAGUUCGACUGAUGUCAGAAAUAAUCAGUGGUAUACAAGUUAUCAAAAUGUAUACUUGGGAGAAACCAUUUCAGGAACUAGUUAGCUACGCAAGAAAAUACGAAAUUGAUGUCCUCACAUUAACAUCUUAUCUGAGAGGCUUUACUUUAGCCACAUUCAUUUUCACGGAAAGAACAACGUUAUAUUUUACAAUCAUGGUUUACGUACUUCUCGGCAAUUCUAUAUCCGCCGACAUAGUAUUUUCGAUGGCACAGUACUAUAAUAUUCUCCAACUUACCAUGGCAAUAUAUUAUCCCAUAGCUAUAGCAAUUGCUGCAGAAACAGCAGUGUCUAUACAGAGAAUUGAAAAUUUUUUGUUGCUGAAUGAAAAUGUUCCAAUGGCACUAUCUACAUCAACUGCCGAAGAAACAAAUAUUGUAAUGAAAAACGUCAGCGCUUCAUGGACUAAUGCAAUUGUACAUACAUUACAUAAUAUCAGUAUUCAAGUCAAACCCGGAAAACUAUACGCCGUCGUUGGUUCUGUAGGUGCAGGAAAGAGUUCUUUCCUGCAAACAAUUUUAGGCGAACUAAGAAUAUCGCAUGGCCAGAUACAUAUUAGGGGCAAAAUAUCGUAUGUUAGUCAAGAACCUUGGCUAUUUGCAGACACAGUGCGAAGCAAUAUUUUAUUUAAUUUGCCUUAUGAUAAAGACAGAUAUCAAAAAGUCGUGACAGCAUGCGCUCUCACAAAAGAUUUCGAGCAACUUCCGCACGGCGAUAAAACCUUGAUCGGUGAUAAAGGUGCGGCGCUCAGCGGUGGGCAACGCGCGAGAAUCAAUUUGGCGAGAGCUGUUUAUAAAGACGCCGACAUUUAUCUUUUCGACGAUCCUUUAUCAGCUGUCGAUACUCACGUGGGGAGACAUUUAUUUAACGAGUGCAUAAAUAAUUACUUGCAAAGUAAAACGCGAAUUCUCGUGACUCAUCAAUUACAGUACUUAAAACAAUGUGAUUACAUAGUUAUCCUAAACAAUGGCCAAAUUGAAAAUGAAGGCACAUAUGCGAAUCUUCAAGAGAAGCAUGUGAAUUUUUUGGAAACGUUUGCAACAGGCGAAGAAGCAAACGAAGAUACGAAGGAAUCAUUGAAAUCUAAUGGAAAUCCUACAUCUGAUAUAAUUCAAAACGGUAAUGUCAACGAUGAAGAUGCGGAGGAAGCCGAGCCUCAAGAAACUGAAGAACUUCUGGCCAAAGGAAGCAUAUCGAAAGCAGUGUACUGGAAAUAUUUUCGAAGUGGCGCUUCGAUUAUUAUCAUAAUUAGCUUCCUGUUUUGCCUGAUUUUGGGACAAAUUGGAAGCAGCGGUUGCGACUUUUGGGUCAGUUAUUGGACGAAGACGGAAGAGAUGCAUAUUAAAACUACACACAAACAUCGACAGAGUGUAGCGAACAAUUUUACAAAUAUUUCUUCCACGUUAAGAUCUACUGAACAAAUAGACAAUACGUCAGGCACAAAUGACGAAUUCACCGAAUUUUUGACUACAGGCAACUAUUGGGAGAACAUGUUCAAUGAUACAUCGUUUCAAAACUUUACUUUCGACAACGCUACCACAAUUAUAGACGAGAAUUUGCAUUAUCUCGACACGAACACAGCCUUAUGGAUUUAUGGAGCUUUUAUCAUUAUUAGUAUCGUAAUGACAACAUUUCGAAAUUUAAUUUUCUAUCAAAUAUGUAUGAAUGCCAGCAAAAAUCUGCACAACUUUAUGUUCUCGAGCUUACUCAAGGCGCCAAUGUCAUUCUUUGAUAAGAAUCCAUCCGGUCGAAUUUUAAACCGUUUUUCGAAGGAUAUUGGCACGGUGGACGAAAUUUUGCCCAGGAUCAUGAUAGACGCCAUCCAGAUAUUCGCGGUAAUGAUCGGGAUCUUUGUGCAAAUAUUGAUUAUCAAAUGGUGGUUCAUAUUCGUGAUAAUCAUUAUGGCUAUUUUGUUCGGCAUAAUAAGAAAAAUCUACAUUUUAACAGCACAAGAUAUGAAGCGAUUAGAAGGAAAUGCGAAAAGCCCCGUAUUUUCGCACGUGAACGCUACAUUUUUAGGCCUGACAACGAUACGUUCCGCCGGCGCGCAAGAGAUGGUUCGCAAGCAAUUCGACGAAUAUCAGGAUUUGCAUACUAGUACUUACUCAUUGAUUGUUGCCGCUAGUACAUCGUUCGGUUUUGCGCUGGACGUGGUGUCCGUUGCUUUCAUCGCUGUUAUCACAUAUAGUUUCGUCGCAUCGGAUGACGGAAAUACUUUCGCUGGGAGCGUCGGUUUAGCCGUUUCGCAAGUGCUUACUUUGUGCGGUAUGCUGCAAUACGGAAUGCAUCAAGCGGCCGAAACGAUGACACAGAUGACGAGCGUAGAGAGAAUAUUACAAUUCACGGAGCUUGAGAAAGAGGGACCGUUUGAGAGCAAUCCUGCGGAUAAACCGUCGAGUAAUUGGCCUUCCAAGGGAGAAAUUCGAUUUAACAGUGUUUCUCUUCGAUACUCCGAAUCGGAACCACCCGUUCUUAAAUCUCUCAAUUUCGUCAUAGAACCUGGCAUGAAGAUUGGAAUAGUGGGUCGUACCGGAGCUGGAAAGUCGUCUCUGAUUUCCGCCUUGUUUCACAUGGCAAAACUCGAUGGCGCUAUUUACAUCGAUAACAUUAACACAAAGAAAAUUGGUCUUCACGAUUUAAGAAACAAAAUUUCAAUAAUACCGCAAGAACCGGUAUUAUUUUCCGCCACGCUCCGAGACAAUCUCGAUCCUUUUCACAAGUAUGACGACGCGAAUUUGUGGAUCGCCUUGGAAGAGGUGGAGCUCAAAGACGCGAUAACUUCUCUAGACCAUCGCGUCGAACAAGACGGCAGUAAUUUCAGCGCUGGGCAAAGACAAUUAGUUUGCUUAGCACGCGCAAUUUUGCAGGAUAAUAAGAUCCUCGUGCUCGAUGAAGCUACUGCCAAUGUGGAUCCUGCAACGGAUGCGCUCAUACAAACGACGAUUCGAAAGAAAUUCAAAACCUGCACGGUAUUGACAAUAGCGCAUAGAUUAAACACGAUAAUGGAUAAUGAUAAAGUACUGAUAAUGGAUCACGGUCAAGUGUUAGAAUUCGAUCACCCGUACAUUUUAUUACAAAACGAACAAAGUCACUUUAGCGGUAUGGUGCAACAAACUGGAAAUUUAAUGACGGAACAGCUUAAACAAUGCGCCAAAGAGGCUUAUGAGCGACGAUCCAUGUGAUUUCAUAUGAAGUACAUCAUCAACAAUCCACAUUUGUACAUUAAUAAUUUAACAAAUUUACUUAAUU